AUGCGGCCCCCCCCUCCCCGGAUCUCCUACUCAACAACCGGAGCAGCGAGCCCAAGGAUCAGAUUCAAGGCUGCAAACUGGAAGAAGAUCUCUUCGGCAGCAUUUGAGGAAGAGGUCAUCAUUGACGCCGAGGGCGGGCCUCUAAUGCUGCGACGCGAUGGAUCCACGACCUUCGCUUACCUCACUUAUGUUGAGGCCGGCUACUCGGGCGGCAGUGCACACGGCUUCCAAAAAGGCUGGCGCUACAUGACAUCGACUGAGCAGAAAGUCCUGGUACACAUGGUUGCAAAGCGAAAUCGGUCGACGAAGGAACUGGCGGGCUACUGA